AUGUGCGUGUUCGCAGACAUUGAAGAAUUCUGGGAGCCAGCAGUUAAGACCAGAGUUGACUCUCUCAUCCAAAGUGGUUUGGUUCAGGAUGUCUUGGUUCCUCUAGUUCUUUCGGGGAAAGCUGCCAAGCGAGAAGCUUGGUGCUGUGUGCACGGCAAAACGUGUCAGGUGGUGGAAAGUGAUUUGCAUAUCGCAGGGUCGCCAUGUGUUGACUACAGCCCUCGUGGUGCUAGAGGAGCAGAGAAUGGUCAUGCCUAUUCUUGCUUCCUCAUUUGGGUGGCCAAGCGCAUCCUGCUGCAAGAAGCAAUCAUUAUCCAUGAGAAUGUGCGAGAAUUUCAACCGGGCAUCUUCAACGCGCCACCGCUGCUAUCACAUGAUGCUGCUGGCAAGUGUCAAGGGCGACCACUAUGGGACAUCUUCUUUGCAGGAGACGAGGUGGAUCUAUACUCCGAGCUGCUUUGGGCUGUGAAGCGUCCAGGUUCCAGGGCACGUGAACAAUCUGAUGACGACUCUGGGGAAGUCAAAACUUUUGAUUCCUUUGAGUCCUUUCUCCAAGCCCUUGACGACGACCCGGUGUGCAUCCUGAAGGAAUUCUGGAGGGCAUUGACAAAGUCCGAGGCAAACACAUUGACAAUGGAUGGGGGCUACCUUUCUGCGCCAGCGCAAAUUGGGCAAGUCUAUCAGCUGAACCAAUCACCAAAGUUCGGCGACGCUAGUUCGGAUUCUGCUUUGUGCACCAUUAUCAAAAAUGCUGGUGUGCUUUGGCGCCUAGUCUGA